AUGCACGAGGUCAUCUCUCUAUCAUGUUCUCAGAGAUCUGGUCAUCUCCUAACUCAUCUAUAUAACGAGCAGGAGUCACAUAUUCCGUAUUCAAAAGAUGUGAAACUUUCCCAUUCAAAUGAUGUGUUUCUAUGGCCAAUAAGAGCUGGAGGCAAGAAUAACUACUAUCCCAGAAGUAUAAAUUUCGAAUAUUCUGGAGGCUUCGGGUUUUUGAGUAGAUACGAAUACCAUGAACCAAAAGUGGAUCUUUCCAAAUUGGAGGGUGUGCAUCUUUCAUCAAAGAGUAGGGUAGAAAAGAACGAGUUCCAACAGAAUUUAGACAAUGGUACUCCCACCGAUAACAGUUUGCUUAAUGUCAAUAAUACCAAGUAUUGGACUGAUUACAAUAAGUUGAUUUAUAGGCCUCAGUCUCUUGUGGAAUUGGAAAACUUUGAUUAUCCAGAAGGAAAGCAUAAGCACUUUCAAAAAUUGACAUUUCAGAACUAUCAAUAUGGAGAGCAAGAGUUCAAGCUCCUCUUUGAUGUUUGUGAUGAUGCAUUCCGUAAGAACCUUGAGGGCCUGGAUAAUAUCCAAGGAAUUAAUUUUUUUAGUGAAGUGGACAAUGCUUGGGGAGGAUUCACUAAUGAGAUGAUUGUGCUGUUGAAAGAUGAGUACUUCAAUAAUGGAGUUAACAGCAAAUACAAUUUAUGGUGUUAUGGGCUUCUAUCACCAAAGGAAAACCCAUUGACGAGAAUAAAGUCUAUUAUUGAGCUUUCAAAGAGUAGCACUUUAUUCAUUCCUCUCAGACCUGUUGACCACACCUCUUUCCUCAACGAAAACUUCGACAAGACCAGCCUCUGGCACCAAGGAGCAGCUCAGUCUUUAUUUGUCGAUUCUAUAUGGGGGCUCAAUAGCCAGCUUGAGAAUCUGGUCAGGAUGGCCGAAAUAGAAGCCAACAUACUCCAAGGAUUCAGCCAACGUAAUAUCGUUAACGAAAUUUCGCUUACAGAAGAUACACGGAACAAAUUGGACAAAUCAGCAGCAAACUUUGGCAUUGUCAGCGACGUUAAUAUCAUGGAUAUGUAUCUCAGCGUGGAUGCCAGUGCUAGCGCAAAAGGAACAGACGCUGAAAAGUCGGACCAAUCUCUUAGCCUUGGAUUUUCGACUCCAAGAAUCUCUAAGAAAAUUGGUAAAAGUACCAUUAUAUCGAAAUCUCAUUUUGAGAGCGAAGAUGACGUUUAUGUCAAUAGAACUAUGGACCAUAUCACUGAACUCGACACGUUCCCUUCUAUUAUUGAUAGAGAGUAUCAGGUCGAGUUUGGACAGAGUGCAUCUCUCAAAGAAUCUCUCAAAGAGUACCGAAAAAUCAUCCAAAGGGUUCGACUUCCAGCUCAUUUUGAAAUUAUCGGGGAAAAGUCUGAGUUGAUAGAGGACAUUUCUACACUCAUCGAAGAGUACACCACGGGAUACGAAGAUGAGUCCGACUGGGAUGACGACUAA